AUGACGAAGGGUACCUCCAGCUUCGGCAAGCGCCACAACAAGACUCACACUCUGUGCCGCCGUUGUGGCCGCCGCUCCUACCACAUCCAGAAGUCGACUUGCUCGAACUGCGGAUACCCCGCUGCUAAGACUCGCAAGUUCAACUGGAGCGAGAAGGCCAAGCGACGCAAGACCACCGGUACCGGCAGAAUGUCCCACCUCCGUGAAGUCCACCGCCGCUUCAAGAACGGCUUCCAGGUCGGCACUCCCAAGGGCGCCCGUGGCCCUGAGAACCACUAA